AUUCGCCGUGCUCACGCCACACCUGCCCUGGAAGGCCGCCGCCUGGGCCGUGAACUUGCGCAUGCGCUGCGCGUCUUCCUGUCCUGUCUGGUGUCUCCGUAGCUGAAGCUGCUGAGCCCCUAACACCCAUCCAAACUCGACAAACCAAGCUGACGGUCGCCAAACUUGAGGCAAUUCCUCCGUCGAUACGCCGGAUAUACGAGACCCAGACGAUUUUCGCACCUCGAGAAUUUCCAUGAUCCAUACGUUUUCCGCCCUCGCAAGACGAUGAGGUCGGGCGGCCAGUCCACGUCAUGGCGCCUCCUACUGCUGGCCAUGGCGGUGAUGCUGUGGUCAGCAGUGGUCGCGGCCAAGGGCAAACCUGAUAUCACAGUUACAAAACUCGAGGUGAAUCAUAUGCCGGAGAACCUCAAUUACUUUGAGGACAGCGACGUGAUCCUCUUUCAAGACAUCUCAGAAGGCAACAUAUACCGAUCUGACAACGCCGGCAAGAAAUGGGAAAGAGUCGGCGAUAUCCCCGAUGGCCAUGUCGCCAUCCUGAUCAUGCACAAGUACGACAAGGAGACGGCUUUUGCCAUCUCCGGAAGCACGGAGCACUACAAGACCAAUAACAGGGGCAAGACGUGGGAGAAGUUCAACAGCAUCAGCGCACCUAGUGAUUGGCAGCCUGAACUCCUCGUCUUCCAUGCCGAUGACCCCAAGAGUAUCAUCUUCAACGGGGAAGACCGCGAUGGGAUCUUCAGCACCGAGCAAUCGACCUACACGACUGACGGCUUCGAGACUGUCGAUAUCCUCCGAGCGUACACAAGCGGCUGUUGGUGGGCCAAGUCCUCUCCGGAGUUUUCCACGGGCGAUGCAGACAAGGACAAGCUACGGACAAUGUGCAUCGUAUCCGAUCCCUUCUCUUUCUUUCAGGAAGAGCAGCGCCUGCACAUUUCCGACUCCUUCUUUGCAGUGGUGGACGAUCGCAUCGACGAGUUCGAGCCGGCCAUGGACACAAACAAGCUGGUGGACGGCGUGGUCAACCUGGCGGUGGUCAAGGGAUACAUCCUUGUUGCUACGUCUUCCUGGAACAGCGACGAAAUGGCGCUCUACGUGUCCGACGACACCAUCAGGUGGCAUCGCGCCAUGUUCCCUGUGGACGACGAUCACGACCACUCGCAUCGGAUCAGCCAGAAUGCGUACACGGUCCUCGAGAGCACCAACUACAGCAUUCAGGUGGAUGUCAUGACCUCGCACCCUUCGCAGCCCAUGGGUGUGCUUUUCACAAGCAACUCCAACGGCACUUACUUCACCGAGAACGUCCCAUACACGAACCGCAAUGACUGGGGUCAUGUCGACUUUGAAAAGAUGACUGGGAUUCAGGGCGUGUACUUGGUCAAUGUGGUUAACAACGGAAAGGCGGUCGACGAGAAAGGCGACAAGAAGAAUGUGGUCUCGAGGAUUACAUUCGAUGAUGGCCGGACCUUUGAACCCUUGAAAGCCGGAGACGAGGACGUCCACCUUCACUCAGAGACUCACCUGAACAAUAUCGGCAAGGUCUUUUCCAGCUUGGCGCCCGGACUGGUGAUGGGCAAUGGCAACACGGGCAAGGACCUUAACCCGGACUUUCGCAAGGCCAAUCUGUUUGUGUCUGAUGAUGCCGGUCUGUCCUGGAAGAAGGCCUUGGACGGUCCGCACAAGUACGAGUUCGGCGACUCAGGGUCGAUCUUGCUCGCCGUCAAGGAUUCCGAGAAGGAGGAUGUCAAGGAAAUCUCUUACUCCAUCGAUCAUGGCGACAGCUGGGAAUCAGUCGACUUUCCCAAAGAUACGCAAAUCAGACCCUACAUUCUGACAACCACACAAGACUCAACGAGUCUGAAGUUCUUGCUGCUCGGCAUACGGGACGACGUGCCACAUAUCUUGGCCAUCGAUUUUGGUGGCAUGGAUCUGCGGACCUGCAAAGACGAUGACUUGGAAGAGUGGCAUGCGCGAGUUGACGAUGAUGGCAAGCCCACUUGCGUCAUGGGCCACAAGCAGACAUACAAGCGCCGCAAGAAGUCCGCGGAAUGUUUCAUCAAGAAUGAUUUCAAGGACCCAGUGCCCGAGACUGAAGACUGCGAAUGCACCGACAAGGACUUUGAGUGCGAUUACAACUUUCAGCGGGACCCCGAGGACGACAGCAAGUGCAAGAAAGUUGGUCCAAUCCCGCGGCCAGAAGACUCGUGCAAGAACGGACAUGACGACACGUUCAUGGGCACUUCUGGCUGGAGGCUCAUUCCGGGCAACACGUGUAAGCGUGGCGAUGGCAAGCAGAAGGAUGCUGAAGAAGAGCGCAAAUGCUCUGAUGCUGUGGCCGCGCCGAGCAAGCCUGCCAGCGGAGAGAUCUCGUCGACACAGCAUGUGUUCGACAAGGUCGAGCUUGACGACUUCCAGAAGAUCUACCUAGAGAGGGGCGAGUCGAGCUCAGGAACUGAUGAGACAAUCAUCAUACGCCCUGCUGAGGAUGAGGGUAUGGGUCGGAUCCGUAUUGGCAAAGAAAUCUUCUUAUCAAGCGACCAUGGGAAGAAGUGGAAGCGCAUCCUCGAAGACAAGGACGUUCGUGGCAUUUAUCCUCACGAGCACUUCAAGGAUGUUGUCUUCUUCACUACCAAGAGCGACGAAGUACUCUAUACCAUUGAUCGCGGUCAGAGCUUCCACAGCUUCACGGCACCAACUGAGCCAGGCGACUCGCUGCCCCUGAGCUUCCACCCCGAGAAGAAGGAUUGGUUGAUCUGGGUCGGCAAGAAGUGCGAAGGCAAGAAUGGGGCAUGCUCCUUGGAGGCUUCCUUGUCCCUCGACCGUGGCGACAACUGGCGGACCAUUCUGCGUUACGUCCAGAAAUGCGAGUUUACGGGGUAUAAGGCGUACAGGCUGCGCGACAAUGAGCAGAUUGUGUGCCUCGCGCACAGCGAGGAGAACAAUGAUGCGCCGCUGACCAUUGUGAUGAGCAACAACCUCUUCAAAGACAGCAAGACUGUUUUCGAGGGAGAAGUCACCAACUUUGCGACAAUGAGCGAGUUCAUCGUGCUGGCGGGCGAGAAUUCGGAAACGAAAGCUCUCCAAGCGUACGCGAGCUUGGAUGGCGAACAAUUUGAGGCGGCGCACUUCCCUUACAACUUCAACGGUGGCCAGGCCAACGAGUACACUGUGCUCGACAGCUCAACGCACGCGGUCAACCUGUUCGUGCUCACCGAGGGUGGCGCUGAUCGUCAGUAUGGCUCUAUUGUGAAGAGCAACUCGAAUGGCACGUCUUACGUGCUGAGCGCGCCCAAGGUCAACUGCGACGAAGCCAUGUACGUUGACUUUGAGAAGGUAGCCGGACUUGAGGGCGUGGUCCUCAUCAACACCGUCAUCAACGCCGACAAGAAGGGUGCCAAGACCAAGGAGCUCCAGACCAAGAUCUCUCACAAUGACGGAAACGAAUGGGGCUACCUCGCGCCACCAGACCUUGACGUUGAUGGAAAGGUAUACAAGUGCCUGUCCGACAGAGGUGACAAGAAUUGCGCCUUGCACCUUCACCACUACACCGAACGAGAUGAUAAGCGCAAGACUUUUGCUGCGAGCACCGCCCUUGGUCUGAUCUUUGGCGUGGGUAACGUCGGCAACAAGCUCGGCGAUAUCAAGGAUGCGGACACGUUCAUGUCGACCGACGGUGGCAUCACCUGGAAGAAUGUGAAAAAGGGCCACUGGACGUGGCAGUACGGUGAUCAGGGUUCCAUCAUUGUCCUGGUGCAGCGAGCCACCAGCAAGAACGACUACAAGACAGACUCUGUCUCGUACUCGACAGAUGAGGGAAGGACAUGGCAAGACUACAAGUUUGCAGAUAGCAAGGUGACGGUCCUAGACAUUACCACGCUCAGGACCGGCACGUCGCGCAACUUCCUCCUCUGGUGCAAGUCCGGCAAGGGCAAGACUUUCUCGGUCAACUUGGACUUUACAGGUCUGACUGAUCGAGCUUGCGAGGCUACGGACGGGAACGACUCGGACUACUAUACAUGGUCUCCCAAGCACCCCCUCCAGGACAACGACUGUCUCUUUGGGCAUGUGGCCAAGUAUCUCCGCAAGAAGCCCGACAGCAAGUGUUACAACGACCAGAAUCUCAAGCGCCUCCUUGAUUACGAGAAUUGCGCAUGCAGUCGUCAGGACUUUGAAUGCGCAUACAACUACGAGCUGGACAACCAUAACCAGUGUUCGCUCGUGGAAGGGUUGGAGCCCAUGUCCCAAGAGGAAUGGUGCAAGCAGAACCCCAACGCGACCGAGUGGUACGAACCGACAGGCUACCGCAAGGUCCCCCUCUCGACGUGCCAAGGCGGUGCCGAGCUCGACAAGAUAUCGAUCGCGCAUCCGUGCAAGGGCCACGAGGAAGAAUUCGAGCGCAAGCACCGUACGUCCGCCCUGGGCAUCUUCCUCGCCGUCGUGAUCCCCUUCUUGCUGGCCGGCGGGAUCGGAUGGUGGGUGUGGAAGAACUGGAACGGCAAGUUUGGCCAGAUCCGACUCGGGGAUGGGUCGUCCACCACCUUUGACAGCGACCAGCCCUGGAUCAAGUACCCCGUGGUGGCCAUCUCGGCGGUGGCGGCCGUGGCGGCUUCCACGCCGCUGCUGAUCGCCAGCCUGUUCCGCACGGCACGGGGCACCUACGAGCGCGUGGGCGGUCGGGGCAGCGGUGGGGGCUGGUUCUCGGGUGGCCCGAGACGCUUCACCACGCGAGAUAGCUUUGCGCGGGGGAGAGGUGAUUAUACCAUGGUGGAUGAUGACGAGGGCGAGCUACUAGGCGACGACAGCGAUGAGGAGGUUUGAGGAUAUGGGGCCCAUACCGACCGGCCUUUCGACUACGCAUGUACACUUGGAUAUGAUUAUGUACCUAUAACACGUGGGCGAAGAGCGAAGGUCGAGUUGUAUAUUUGAGGACAGGACUCACGACGACCGGCGUUUUUUCUUUUACGAGAGUCAUUGAUGGGUUGGGUAGCUGAACAGAGACAUUGAUACAUAUCUGUGUGGGCAAAAGAAGAAAGGCAUGUCGUACCCGGCGGGUGCUGUUUUCCGGAGCAAUGAACGGUGAUCAGUCGGGUUAUAUCUUGGGGGCAGGGAUCGUGAUCAUCACCGUCACAGGGGCCAAGACGGCGGAGACGUCGAUCAUAUAGGAGAGGUCAUUAUGUGUGGAUCGACGACAAGCAUUUUGAAUUCAGCGGGG